CACUGAGGUGGCUGCACUGAGCGAGUAUGAGUGUGUGUGUAUUUUGGGUGGGAGGAUCACUGUUACCAGUUUUCUAUUGCUAGCACUGAUUGGAAUUAAUGCCUCUUUUGACUGUUGCACCAUAAUGUUUAAUCAGACAGAUAAUGAAGUGUAAUUUUAAACAAUUUUUUUAUUUAAAAUUAGGCUUACUUUUAAGGUUUUCUACAGUAAUACUACACGGUGGUUGUCUCACCCGUGUCAAGACAAGCUAACAGUUUAGACAAAAGUGACACACAGUUGGUACUAAAACCAUUUUAUUUUUCAUGCUUUGACCAAUAAUGCAAAAUCUCGCAGUACUAGUCCGUUAUGGAUAGGCAACAGAGUUUUUAUUUCACUUUGUAAUGAAUAACCCGUCCAUACUUUACUAAAACUAGCCUAUUGAAAAGUAACUAAAAAUGGCGACCCAUAUGUUAUCUUCGCAGUUUGCUCUAAUCAUAAUUUAAGAUUCACUUAUAUGCCCAGUACUUUUGCGAAGUACACAUUGACAUUUUUGACACCACGUAUUUUAUAUUGUUGCAUUUUCCUGUCUUUCUGUAGAACGAAUAUAAAAUGUGAGACGAAUUGUAUCACGCAGACAGCAUUUUAACAUUAAAGCGUUGUAUGAAAAGUGACUGUAGUUGCAACGUGUUUUAAUUCAAUACAUUCCAGUCCGUGUUGUUUAAUUGUCACAGACGUUCUUCAAACUAAUUGCUGGUUAGGUUAUUGGCCAAAGAAAUGCUGAUUAAAUCUCGGCAUACAGGGCAACACAUUUUAACUUGCAAAUUGAAAAACCCGAUAAAAUAAGAGGGUAGUAACGGAUGCAAUGUUGCCCAAGACAGAUGCACUUUAUUUUGUUCUGUUAACUUGUUAAAAGUCUGAGUUCCAGACAUUUUUGCAUCCUGAAAAUACUUAUUAUUUGCUGUGAUGAACUAAAUAAUGUGUUCAAUAAUCAAAUGUAUACUUUUAUACAUAAGUAAUGACUGACUAGAUUAUUUUUUCUUUUCGACACUAUGCAUGUUUAGCAUGAUUUUUGUCUGAAUAAAUUUCCAAUACUUGAUAUAAUAUAAUGCAUAGUUUGGGCGGAAAAUGUGUACGUAUUUUCCUGAAACUGUUGUGAAAAUCAAUGGUGCUUCUUAUUAAUAACGCGGCACUAUUGAUCUGCAGUGUUUUGCACUCAGAAUUGCAUGCCGAAUAAACGUAUUUAAUAUUUACAUUCAAUAUGCUUCAGUAGUUUUGUCCUGUCUAAUAUUGGUGCACACCGUGCUGUACUUUGAUUGGAACCAUUCAUUUAUAUGUACCUUAAUGAAAAAGAUAAGGACCAAAAAGAAUAAUUCAUUCAUUUGAAACGAAUACCAUUGCAAUUAACAGUUUUAGUCAUAUUGUAUUGCUUAAUGUGUCCAUUAACUUCGGUUGCUAAAAAUAGUCAGUGAACAUAUAAACACAACCCCAUACGGCUAUUCAAAGUAAACAACGGAAAUAAAAGGGCAAUACAGCUCAUUGUUCACAUUCUUUGUAUUAGCUGUAAACUAUGGCUACCGAUAGGUCUAUAUUCUAAUACUUAGUGCAGGGGUCAGGAGCCAUUGGUGCUUGCACUAUUUUUUAUUUAUAUUGCUUUUGACCCGACAGUAUUUCCUCCUGCUUAAUAAAUAUGGGAUGACUUAGUAGUGUACAGUAGCCGUAGUUUCUCUUAAAAUAUCUUGGAGACACACUUCAUUUUAGAGUCAUGCGUUUUAGCAUUUUUUUAUAUUUUUAGUGUAUUGGCCUUAUUUAUUAUCAGUGUUAUUUUGGGGAGGGAUUUCAACUUAUUUUAAUCUGUCUGACCUUCUGCAUUCCCAUCUAUCUGUCACACGUAUACAUUAAGCGCAGGACAAACGUCUGUAACAAGCUGCCUAAAUAAUUUGCGUACUUGGGAUCCUAUACUAAUUCAAAACAUUCAGUGUUCUUGUUGACCAUGCCUUCUAUCAGUAGCGAUCGCAUCGCUCUGUGUGCUGGGUGUGGUGGUAAGAUUUCGGACCGCUAUUACCUCCUGGCUGUAGACAAGCAGUGGCACAUGCGCUGUCUGAAAUGCUGUGAAUGUAAACUGAACCUGGAGUCGGAGCUCACCUGCUUCAGCAAGGACGGCAGCAUCUACUGCAAGGAGGACUAUUACAGGAGAUUUUCAGUACAAAGGUGUGCUCGAUGCCAUCUUGGAAUUUCUGCAUCUGAAAUGGUAAUGAGGGCCAGAGACUUAGUUUAUCACUUGAACUGUUUCACUUGCACUACUUGCAACAAAAUGCUGACCACGGGCGACCACUUUGGUAUGAAGGACAACUUGGUGUACUGUAGAUUGCACUUCGAGACUUUAAUACAAGGAGAAUACCAAGUUCAUUUCAAUCACUCGGAUGUGACUUCUAGCAAGGGUUCGGGACUGGGAGCUGCUAGUGCGAACACACUAGGGUUACCUUAUUAUAACGGGGUAGGGACAGUACAGAAAGGGAGGCCCAGGAAAAGGAAAAGCCCAGGACCCGGUGCUGAUCUAGCGGCCUAUAAUGCAGCCUUAAGCUGUAAUGAGAACGAUGGUGAACACAUGGACAGAGAUCAGCAGUACCCCGCAAAUCAGAAGACAAAAAGAAUGCGCACUUCCUUCAAACACCAUCAGCUGCGGACAAUGAAGUCUUAUUUUGCCAUAAACCACAAUCCAGAUGCUAAGGACUUGAAACAGCUAGCACAGAAAACUGGUCUUACUAAAAGGGUCUUGCAGGUCUGGUUUCAGAAUGCAAGAGCUAAAUUCAGACGGAACCUUUUACGCCAGGAAAACACAGGGGUGGAUAAAAGUUCAGAUUCAGCACUUCAAGCAGGUACACCUUCUGGUCCGGCAUCUGAAAUUUCCAAUGCAUCUCUCAGUCCGUCCAGCACUCCCACAACCUUAACUGACUUAACAAAUCCUACAAUGCCGACUGUGACUUCAGUUUUGACAUCGGUACCAGGCAGUCUUGAAGUUCAUGAAUCCAGAAGUCCUUCACAGACGACCCUCACAAAUCUUUUCUAAUGACAUUUUACAUGAUUCCUACGAAGAAACAAACAAUUCAUAGCUAAUUUCCAAGUGUAUUUUUAAUAGAUGAUUUGUAUGAAAGACUAUCGCAUUAAGGAACUUAACUGACCAUUGAAGAACUCAUUGUUGUGGCAUCACAUUCGUAGGCUGAAGAGAAACUUGGAAGACCUAACUACAACACAACAUUUGUGUAACUGUACAGUUUGUGGACUGAGCAAGGGAAUGAAAUAUUAAUUUAAGCUGGCUAAAGUGUGUGCAUUUUCAAAGACUGCCAUGUGCCUUAUACACUUUUUCAACAAAACAUGGACUUAGUGCUUUUCCAUCUUUUCUCUUUCACUAAAUAUCUAUCUAUAUAUAUAUAUAUAUCUAUAUGACCAGAGCGAAUUUUAUAUGUUUACUUCUACUUGUCCCAAGGUGACCAUCCUUAUUUGGAAUUAAAAGUUCAAGGUGGGUAUUUGAAUUUAAACAUUUCAUGGUUUUACCCAAAACACAUGCAAAGCAAUUUAAAAAGUGUGAAGUUAAUAUAAACUACAAAUUAACCUCCCCCACAAAAAAAACCCAAAACGUACCCAAUGAGAUUGUGUCAAAUUUUGCAUUAUUUAAUUAAAGUGUAGGCCGAUAUGGAUCUGAGCCAUCUAUUACAUCAUACUCUACUUUCAAUGAAGGACAGACUAGAAAGAUAUUAUAUCUAGCAUGGUAGAGCCUCUAAAGUAAAAUCAGCUGUUGCACGUGGACAUGUGUUGUAUACAAGGACCAGCUGUCGGAAACAUGAACAAUAUAGCACUUAAUCUUUUUAACAGCUCCAGUGGGUACAUAUUUAAAUGGACAAUCCUAAAAGGACAGCAGAAAAUAUUUCUUUUGUUUUUUUUUUUUUUUGUUGUUUUUUUGUGUUUGUUUGCAGUCAAGUGAGCUGUUUUAACAGGAUAAAUGAAUUUAGUCAUGACUUUACCAUUGUUAAUUAUAUAUGUGAAAAGAUAUUUGGUUUGAUAUUACUGCCAGUCAUGUUCAUAUUCACAAGUGAAACUGAUGGAAAUUAUUUGUGAUGGAGAAAUCUGGAACAUGUAAAUGAAAAUAAAGACUGGGAAAGGAAAAGCUUUUUCAUGCUUUCAUUGAUAUACUAGCCUGACGUGAAGGUUAUUAUUUGGAAGAUGCUUGCUAACUGUGAAAACAUUUGUAUCUUUAUAAUAUUUUUGCAGUUAGAUAAAAUUAAUAAUUUCCAGUAGUAAAGACAGGCCAUUUACAAAGUAAGCAGUAUUCACAGAAAGCAAUUCACAGAAGCAGCAGAGUUUGUCUUUAGUACAAAUUUGAUUGCUACAUGAAAUGUACAGCAAACACAUCCAUUUGCUAUUAGUUGAAAUAUUUUAUUUAUUAUGAUUAUUAUUUAUGGGCUUCUUGGAUUUAGAGCAGUACAGAUCAAUUAUAAACCUUGUGAUGCAUCCCCAGAAAGCAUCCAGAUGUAAGACUAUUUCCACUUUACUAAAAAAUGAUGACAUGCCAACAUCUGUAAAGUAUCAAGUUCACUGACAUUUAAAUAGAUCAUAGCUCUGUUGAUACGAAACUCAUUUUUAAAACUUUAUCAGUGUAUAUUAAUAAAAAUCUAUUAACCUUUUACAAAUAAUCUUUGCCUGCAAAGUGUUUCUGAAAAUAUAGAAUUUAUUAUUCUAUACCCCAAACAAUAGACAAUGACUUAAGUACAUUCAUUUUUACUGCCCUACUAUUCUGAUGUAACAAAAUUCAUUUUAAAAAAUUCUUUUAAAUUAUAAAAAUAUUUGUGUACAUAAAGCUGCUUUAUUCUUGCAGCCGUGGGGAAAUAGGAAUAGGAAAAAAAUGCUAUCUGCUAACGAAACCAGCAAGAUCAUUAACAUUUUACUUUGACUGCUUGGAAAGCUCUUGUAAAUAAAAGGUAUACCCAGUGGAUGAAUUAAUUUAUUCUAUUUCAGCUUUGUACAUUUUUUCACAGUUGACCAUCCUCAAAUAUUCAACAGAUUUUGGAAUAUUUCAUCUGUCAGUACAGGCAGGAUACAACAACAUCUUAUUAGUUUGUCCCAGUAAUUUUCUUGACAUUUAGGCACGCCGCAGUAGAAUAUUUAAUUGAUUAAGGAUGAUUUUUCACAAGGGAAUUUACUGACCAAACCACACUGCUCUUGUGCUGCUGAAUUGUGUAUUUUGACUCCGAAUGCGUUUCAUUUAUGUAACAUCAACACAUCAGUUAAACGUUGUAAUCGAUUACCUUUAUAUGACUACCACAAUUCUUUAAUGUUACUGCUGUAGGCCAGAGGUGUGGUACUGUUGGCACUGUGAAAGAUUUUUGCAUAAUGGCAAAGUACUGAGUUGUGAGAUCAGUACUUGUUGUAUUAACAGAAGUCUGUUUCUCUACAUUCAAAGAGCAGGAAUUUAAAUUAAAGCACAAUGUAGGUUCAUUUAUUAGCAAGUGUACUGCUGUUCAUAAAGGGCAUGAGAAGGCACUGCUGAAAAAUGGGAGGAGAUAUUGCAUAUGCAUUCUUCUAGACCAAUUUAUUUACAAAGUAAUUUUACCCACACGGUAAGCAUACAUCGAUCUUUUUCUGGCUUGGUUGUCACCUCUCUUCUAAUGUGUUAUCAUUUAAAAGAAUAGCGAUUUAAGAUGGCUGUUGAUAAAUUUAAUAUAUUUUGCCAUAUUUAAUAUGAAACUUUCUUUGUUUUAUAUGGUAAUUGGCCUAUUACUCAUUUCUUUUGUAAUUAUUUUUUCUACAGAUUUUGAGGCACUAAUAUUUUCCUAUAUACACGUUAGGUCCAUAGCAUGUGCCUAUGAAUAUAAAAUGUAUGGACAAAUACGCAUACAUGAUUAUAUAAUAGCAGGCAUUUGGGCAUACAGCAGCAUGAAGGUUCAUGUGUGCUCACACGCUCAACACAAAUUAUUUAUGCAUUCAUUGCACUCCAAUAUACUUAUACAUUACCACAGGUUAGUAUUCUCCAUUAAAGGUUAUAGCACAAUUACUAAUCUACAGGCUGGGUAUAUAAUGCUAGAAUACUUACUGGUCAAAAUCUACCUUUCACAGUGGUGAAAGCAUCACAGAACCAUAAGGACCUCUAAAGACAGGAGCUAAAAUGAAAGGAAAAUAAUUAAGACUCACUAUAUAAUUUUACAGUGAACCCCCCACAUAGUUCUAUAUGCUGCCUGGUGUUCAUGUAGCAGCAGGAAGUUUGGAGGAGUUUGAUUUUAAUAAUUAGGUAUGGUCCCUCUGCGCUUGUUUUUGGUUUCUGUUGUAAUUUAAAAAGAAUCACUUAUUUUUCUUCCUUUCCUUAGUUUUCUUUUCUCGUUUUUUCCUGACAUUAUUUGAAUUUUUUCCUUCUCUUUCCCUGCCUAGAGGUGCACUGACAUAUUAUUUAACUGUUUAGCGGAAGAAGUUCAACCUACUGAAUAGCAAACAUCUAAAACUUACCAUAUCAGACAGCACAGUAAAACUUCACAAUACCAAAGCUACGUAUUGAAACAUAUCACACAGAAAAGAUAACACAAAGAAGUGCAAAAAUACUUUUAUUAAGUAGUUAUGCAGGUGGGCUGCAAGUGAGAGCUACAUAUGCAUGUCUGUGUAAAUAUAUACAUGAACAUACAUACUAACUCAGCUCUGAGUGAUGCCUUACAACCUUGAAGGAAAACAAUUAGGUUUUCAGAUAAACCAAUUAUUUGCUUUAGACUGAGGUAGUGUGGCUUCAGAGUUAUACAGUUUUCACAAAUGUUGGGAUCGGGGGCUUUGUAGGCCUUUGCAAACAAAUUUAAAAGACGUAGUGCUGAAUUGUUUUUAAUUAUUUCACAGCUUCCAAAUAUGUUGCUAAAACUGCAUCGUACUGCUUAAAAGGAGCUUGAGCCAUCAAUGUCCAUAUAAAAUGCUGAACUGAUCUGCCCCAUGUCUGUGAAACACUGCUGCAUUUAUAACAUUUUAGAAUGUAAUUACCCCAGACACUAAAGUGAUUUAAUUUCUCUGAACUACUGAAUUUGUUUCAGUUCAUUACAGUCUAUUUUUUCUGCUUCACAGUUUUUGGGGUGCAGGGCCCAGUGCUAAUUUGUGGUCACUGUAUGCUUGGGGUAACACACUUUAUCCAGAGGACUGCUGACAUUUUCUGAUUUCCUCUCCCCUCUCCAAACAUGCUGGCUGAUUGGCUGCAUCAUACUGGCUAUAUGUCGUAUUAACUGACCAUGUAGCUUUAGUCUUUAGCUUACCUGCUAACAAAUAAAACAGUAAACUGCAACAUUUUGUACAGCCUUCGGUAUGAUUGGUUUUGGUGAGCAGAGUACCAAUGUGGUGUUACACUUCCUGUCUGGCUUGUAGUAGUAAUGUACUAUAGCCAAAACAAAUAUUUGUUAGGAAUAUUAUUUUUACAAGUAAUAACACUGAGAACAUUUUUAGUUUCUCUGAAGUGGGAUCACCUGUUAUUCAUACAGUGUUUUGCAUGAUAUUUCACGUACCAAACUUUUUAUUUGAGGUGGGUGCUACAACUUGAAUUCCAUUUACAGUUUGUAUAAACACAUUUUGAUACUGUCUUAUUAAAAUAAGUGUGUGCAAAGAAUGCUUCAGGCAUUUAAUAAAACAAAAACGGAGAAGACUGUUGUAAGAACUAGCAUUUUUCACUUAUUUCACAUUCUAUACUUCAAAAGGCACAUCACAUAGAGACAAAAAUGGCACUGUACUCUAAUAGUGGUUAUAUCUGCAUUUGUUUGUUACUUAAAUAGUGAUAAACCAUCCUGUAGACAGAUUUGCAGAGUAAUAAUCAACUGUAACUUGCUACAUUUCAAAGGUACCUUUCCUAAAAGUAUAUGCAUAAUAGCAUGCAUGAAUGCAAUGAUUUAUUAAAGCAUUCAGAGAUACGUUGCUAAAGAAAGCACCAAAAUAAUGUUCAUAAAAGUAGUUCAGCUACAUAUUUUGCCCUGUUAUUUCUUUCUGUAGUUACCUUUUAGAAAAUACGCAACACUUCUAAUGAUAUUGUUUGUAACUGGAUUUUGCAAACCUAGUUUAAUAUUGCUCCUCUCAGCUUACUGUUCUACAAAAUAUAACCCAUUGAGGAAUCUGAACAAAAACUCAAAGUUAAGGCCUAUCAUAAAAGCCAGUUACAAUAGAUACUUUUCCUUGCAAAUAAUAAUUAACUGCUAGUUACAAAUGCAUGCAUAUGUACUCACUGAAUGUGUGUAUGUCUGGGUGUGCGUGUGUGUGUGUAUCUCACAUAAGUUUGUCUUGGUGUACAUGCUUUCAUGCAUUCACACUUCAUAAAACUAUAAUACAUGAAGCACCACAACUGCAACCUAACUCAGGAGACAGUAAACGUUAAGCACCCUUAUUACCUAAGAGGUGCUUUGUUAGCCACCCUUUCACCCCUGUAAUGCUGCAGUCUUCUGCUAGAGUAUAAACAACCAUCACAAAACAUGGGUGGGAAGCUAAAGCAGUUUGAAAUGGUGCAAUGCAUUUUACUCUGCCACACUUGUGUGUGUGGCAGCAUGGAGUGUAUUACAGAUUUUAAGGCUGUCACAGAAACAGAAAAAGACAUUGCUUCUGGUCUGCAUCUGUGAGGCAGCGUUAAGUGUAUUACAGCUUUCAGGUCAGUAAAACACUUUACACUCCUACACUUCUUUGUUUUCUCACAAUCUUGUAGUGCACUUCAGUAUUUAAAGCUUUAUGUACUACAAAGGAUAGUGUGGCAGCACUCAGUAACUAUAUUAUAGCUUUCAAAGCUGUAAACCACUUAACAUUACACCUUGUUUUUCUCUCUCUGACUGAUAAUAUAUGGAGCUCCACCUGCCCCAUGUGUUAUGAAGAAUUAUGAUCAGGUCUCCCUGAUCAUAACUAUGUAGUUGUAUGUUUCCCUGACUGAAUAUAAUUUCUCAAACAUAUAACAACUUGGUUAUGACUGGAGAUACAAUCAUAAUCUUUUGUGUUAUUGCCCACUUGGCAUGCAAGUGUCUUAUCAUAACAAACUUUGUAUACCCAGUUUCUCAUAUAAGAACCUUGAAGUUAGAAAUCACAAGUGAAACUCAUGCUGCCACACAAUGACUAUCAUUAUGGUUGAAUGCCAUACUGCCACACAGCCUGACAGUGUAGUGGAACAUCACACUGCCACCCAGAUGACCAUCACUAUAGUUGAGCAUCACACUGCCACCCGAAUGACCAUCACACUGCCUCACAGAUAAUCAUCACUGCGGCUGACCUUCAUGCUUCCACACAAUGACAGUCGCUACAGUACUGCACCAAAAAGUAACUAGCAGCUUUAAAAGUUGUAACAAUGCCUCAUGCUGCCAAACAACUGUCCGUCAGAAGCAAUGCACACUACUUGUCAACCCACAGAUUUAAAAACUUUCAAAAUUUCUUAACAUGUAAUAUCAUGUGCGGACAGUUAUAACUCCCCCUGUAUUAAAAAGAAUUAUGAUCCAGUCCCCAGUCACAAUCCAGUUACGUGUUCUCAAAAUAGAUUUUAAUACAUUUCCAUUCUGAGCUUUGCGAUUGAAAUAAAUUUACUGGCAUCCAUUUCUCAAACACAGCAAUAUGUUGCAAUUAGAUACUUUGUCAUAAUCAUCUGUAGUAUAUAUGUGUGUUCAUAGUAAUGAAAUAUGUGAAAUGUAACUUUUUUGUUAGUGGUACACACUGGAGAGUAUUGUACUGAACAACUAUUCCAUUAUUUAUGCCUUGUUAUGAGUGCUUAUUUGGUCUCAGAAUCGCAAGGGGAGGAUAAUAUUUCAUAAAAGUCAUAUCAGAUUUAAUAAGUGAUGUAUUACAAAUUAGUACAAUUAUUCUUGUGAUUGGAAAAGAGAAAAAUCUAAAUGCAAUGCAAGAAUUAAGAAUGCCUCCAAAUGCUGUUCAUUGUUCUAAGCCAUUUCUUCAUGCUGAGAUAAUGUCAUGAAUCAAAUUCUGUAUAGGAAUGCUGCAUCACAAAAAUUAAUAUGAGGAUAUACAAAUUUGGCACACAUCUAAAUAUAACUUUUAUAUAAGAUACAGAACCACUAACAGGUUACACACAGGCAGCUAAAAACAAGCAUUUUAUUAAGCAGUUUUCGUCUUGCUGAUAGCAAGACUUCUUCAGAUACAACUUAAUGCAUACUCCCCAUUUUUAUUUUACAACCACCUGAUCACAUUAAUUCUUCAGUCAAUUAUCCAUAGUCCAGUCUAGCUACGUAAUUCAGUACAUCAGCCCAUAAAAAAGAAUAAGUAAAACACAAAACUACUGUCAUAAAUGUAUAAAUUCCCCUAUUAUUUGCACUUUAAUAUACAUCUUAAUUUCACUAAAAAUGUCAUAUUAAUUGUUUAGUUAACGUGCAGUCCUACCUCAACAAACAUCUAAGUUUUAAUAUACAUAAAAUUGAGGAGGUUUCAUUUAAGCCUUUUCAUUCUUUCUAUUAUUAAUACAAUAAAUAUGAACAUAUUUAUUGUAUUAAUUUAUUGUAUUAAUAGAAUAAAUAUGCAUUAGCAAGGCAUAUUAUGGACAACCCAGACCAUAGUUUCAAGUUUAGAGGGAUUGAUUAGACCAAAAGUAACAGCAGGGGGGGGGCAGAAUCAUUAAUGGUAAUUAUGGACAAGUGCUUGUUGUUUCCCAGGCUUACAUGAAAUUUCCACAGUUUUAUUAUUUUGUUGUAUCUGAAGAAGCCUUGCAAGAUGAAAAGCGCUUAAUAAAACAUUUGUUUUUAGCUGCCUGUGAUACCUGGUAGUGGUUCUGUAUCUUAGUCAUGUGUUACACAUCUAAAAAUGACAUUUCCCCAUAACAAAAUCACUUUAACAAACUGAUUUAUUUUUAUGAAAAAAUAUCCCAUUGGUUAAAAAUUGUUUCCAAACAGUGGGAUUAAGAACCUGUAACUAGCCUUGAAAGGACAUGAAUUCUGGCUAUACUAUGUAUGCUAGAAAAAAAUAUACCCUCCAUCUUAGGACCUCUUAUUUGGGCUCUGCAGAUACUAAACAGGGCUUAUAUCAAGUUUGUUGCUUCAUGGGUUAAAAAGGCAAUGCUAUUAUUUGUAUAAAUCACUGUUAUAUUUAUGUUCAAUAAUUCUAUCCUAAGUAAUAUUUGAAAUUUGUUUAUAUUUUUAUGUUGGUGACAAAACAAAUCUAUUAAAAUAUAGUUUUAACUUUGCUUCCCAUGAUAGACAUGUUAGUUUAGGGGGUAUGUUUUCCAUUGUAUACAAAGGCUGCUCAUAUUGCCUUUCCGAAUUAUAAAAGGAUGUAAACAUAUGUUUGAUCAUUGCUACUGGUAAAUAUAAUUUCCUAAUUCUGAAAAAAAAAUCAGGGAUUUUUGUGAAGAAAAGAAAAACAAACAUUAUACAACAGAAUUUUCUUAAGAAGAACUGCAGGAAAUUUCCUGUUUGAACUGUGCUGUUCCCUUUGAUUGUUUCAAUACUGUGGUACUAUUUGUUUAGCGCUUGUUGGUUUUAAAUGCUGUACUUUUUCUACUUAUUGCAGUCCUGAUGUUUUUUUCACAUUCCUGUACAGUUCCACAUUUGAUGUAAUAGUCUUCAGUUCUGUUGAAACAUAAAACAAACAAAAAAAUGCAAAAUAAA